AUGGCGAGGAAAAAGGCGGGAAAGCGAGGAAAAAGCGAAGAAAAGGGCGAGAAAGCGAGGAAAAAGGCGAGAAAGCGAGGAAAAAGGCGAGAAAGCGAGGAAAAGGCGAGAAAAAGGGCGAGAAAGCGAGGAAAAAGGCGAGAAAGCGAGGAUAAAAAAAAGACGAGGGAAAAGGCGAGGAAAAAGGCGAGAAAGCGAGGAAAAGGGCGAGAAAGCGAGGAAAAAGGCGAGAAAGCGAGGAAAAAGGCGAGAAAGAGAGGAAAAAGGCGAGAAACGGAGGGUAAAAAAAAGACGAGGGAAAUGGCGAGGAAAAAGGCGAGAAAGCGAGGAAAAAGCGAGGAAAAAGGGCGAGAAAGCGAGGAAAAAGGCGAGAAAGCGAGGAAAAGGCGAGGAAAAGGGCGAGAAAGCGAGGAAAAAGGCGAGAAAGCGAGGGUAAAAAAAGACGAGGGAAAAGGCGAGGAAAAAGGCGAGAAAGCGAGGGUAAAAAAAGACGAGGAAAAAGGCGAGAAAGCGCGGAAAAAGCGAAGAAAAAAGUAG